GAGGAGCAUCACAAUACAGUCAUCACAACAACGGCAGCAGCAAGCACAGCAGCAACAAUUGCUGCUGUCAAUGAAAGCAGCAUGCCAAGCACCAAUGUAUUUAAAGUGCCCGCAACAACAACAGCAGCAACUUCUACAACAACAACAGCAGCAACCACAAUUGCUGGCAGCAACACUUUGAACAUGAGCCAACUGCAACAAUCAGUGGAGUCGGUUGUGCAGCUGCUGGAUCUGGAAAUGACAGCCGCACCAGCAACUGGCAAUGGCCACGAUGGACGCAAGCUGACCAAAAAGAAGCAGCUACAGCAGCAACACUUUGUGCCAGCUGCAACAACCGCCAAGGAAACAGCAAUGGAAACGGAAGCCACCACCACAACCAGCACCACUAGCACCACUAGCACCACCAGCACCACUAGCACCAGCAGCAGUGGCGGCAGCCUGGAAAGUAGUCAAGCGGCCGCGCUGUUGCCCGUGCCCAAUGGCUAUUUGGGGCCCAUUUUUAUGGGCGAGAAAACUUUUAGUGUGGUGCAUCCGCUUAAGAAACCACAGGCAACCACAGGCACCAACCACCAGCAGGAACAGCAGCAGCAGCAGCACGAGGACUCCAUUGAGCUGCAGCUGCGCCAGGGACGCAUCGUGGAGAUAUUGGCGCCAACGGCUCUGCUCGAAUCGAAUGUGGAGAGCAGCUCGUCGCGCCCGGGCCCCAGCACAACGACAACCACAACCACGCUGCCGGCAGCUGCACCACAAACACAGUCGGUGCUGUCGACAACUGUUUUUCAGGUGCCGGAGCUGCAGCAGAGCAGCACCACACGUCUGCCCAUGCCGGCGGCCGAGAUUAGCGUCGCGCCGGCACCGCCGCGCACCGAAUCCAAGAUAUCCGAUAUACAAAUCGAGGUAUACGACUCGACGGUGGACUCCAUAGUGGCAUCCACGAAUUUCCGGGACAAUCGUGGCUACUAUCCGCUGCCGCUGGAACCGACGCUGGCCACCGCCAGGCCGCCCAGCUCACCAGUGGCCCAGGAGCGCUUCACCCAAUACGUAAUCGAUCGCGCCGAUGUCUCCACACAGCCCGCAGCGGGCGCUGUUCUGGGCGUCGGCAUGGACAAGCCGGAGCCGGCUGCCAUCGAGAUACACAUCAAUGUGUCGGAGGCGUUUGGCAAUGAGAGCGAGGAUCUGGAGUUCUCCUACCGCCAGCCGGCGGCCAGCGAGACGAAGGCCAACAAGCCCAACGACGAGAUACUCGUCGUGGAGAUCAUUGACAACAGCGCCGGGGACAACAGCACAGAGAACACGUUCAGCGACGGCAUGGAGCACAUGAAUCUGAAUCCCAUGUUCGGCUAUCCGUAUCGCUCGGAUGCACCGCCGGCGCCGGCCGUGCGUCCGCCCCACGAUUCCGCCGACGAGCUGUUCAUGGCGGAUACGAAGAGCAUUGAGGGCUUGCCACGCCCGCCGCCGCCGCCGCCACCGCCGCCGCCUCGCAAGCCGAGCAUCGAUCGCGACUCGGACACCAUAUUCUAUAUAUCCAACACGGAGGUCAAAGUGGGCGAAUCCCUGCCCACCGCCAGCAGCGCCGUCAACGAGCAGCAGCAACGCAAGCUCCAGUUCGAGAAUCAGUUCUUUCCCGCCAGCUACGUGCUGGACCAGCAGCAGCAGCAGCUGCAGCGCAGCUCAGCUGCCACGCCCCGCUAUGAGGAGGACAUUCUACUCUCGCCGCAGCAGCACACCGCCGACGCCCUAAAGAUACUGCGCAGUCCCAGCAGCAGCAGCAGCAGCAGCAGCGGUGGCGGGGGAGGAGAUGGCGCUCCUCCGCUGGAUGUGACCUAUGUGGGUGAAUCAGUUAUUGAGGUGGAGCAGCAGUCGCUGUCCUCCACAAUGGCGAGCCAUGGCAGCUCCCAGCAGCCGGACAUUGUCAUACAGCCGGCGGUGCUGCCCGAUUUGGCCAUUGGAGUGCCCGUCAUUGGCGAGCUGCCGCCACAGAUUGAGCUCAAGGAGAUCGACUAUAUGCCCGGCGAGCUGGUUGGCGCGGGACGCAACAUCUAUGAGAACGACAUUGAGAGCAACGGCCUGGGCCUGGGCAACGAUCCGGAUGUCAUCGAGAGCUCCAUUCAGUAUGGCGGCGAUCUGAUUGACGAUGGCGCCGGCGGCGGCUUUGAUGGCGUCGAGGGCUCCUAUCCUUUCGAGAGUCCGGCCCACCGGCUGCAGCAGCAGGAUGCACAGGGCGCUCGACACCAGUUUGGUCACGGCUUCAGUCAUCUGCAUCGUGAGCAGCUGCCUGGCGCGGAGCUACUGAACGCCACGCUCCAGCAGCACAACGAGAGCCUCAGGGGCUAUGCCGAUUCGAGUGGUGCAUCCGCCAUGGCGCCCCUGCAGCAUGGGGAGCGCAUGGGCAAUGCCACGGCCCUUUCGGAGGAUCCGCUCGCCGACUAUGAUGGUUUUCUCAAUCUCUUCGCCGUUUCCAUGGGCCUCAUCAUUGUCAUUCUGCCCGCUGCGCUCCUCACGUCCAUGUACUGCGCCGUACGUUAUUUACUGAAUAAGAAUGCGACUUCGAGUGCCGCUGGCGAUGACAGCGAACAGGGCCAGGAUUCCAAGAAUGAGGACAUUUCGCGCAACGCACGCGAGACCAAAAUGCACACGGACAAGGACGGCGUCUUCGUGGUGGAGGUGGCGCGCGGCAUCGAUUCUAAGCAGCCGCCGGAUAGCCCCGCCGCCGGCGUCGGCCCCGGCGCAGACAUUACCGAGCUGCCCUUCGAUACGAACACCAAGCAGGCAGCGGCGCUGGUCGAACGGAGCCUGCCGCCCAGUCAUGAGCAGGUGCAGAUCCAUGCGCCACCCAGCGAUUUUGCCAAUCCCUCGUUGCCAGUCGCAGUCGCAGUCGGAUCCGGAGUCGGUGCUGUUGGCCUGCAGCUCAUUGAGGAAGAGCAGCUGCUGCCUGAGGAGGAACCAGCCGGGGACGAGGAGCGACAGCCGAUGCCAUCGCUAACCGGACUGUCCCAGUCGGAUCUGAGCUCCAGCUCAUCCAGUGACUCGAACAAGCGCUACUCCUAUGGCAACCAGGAACUCUAUGUCAUCGAGCAGCCCGGCUAUGCCCAGGACUCGUCACAUUUGCUCAGCGCCCAGCUAAUCGCCGGCCAGGAAACCACCGAUAAUGACCAGGAGCCGCAGGCACAGUUGGAGGAGUCGCCGGUGCCGGCACCCGCCGCCUUCUGCAAUGCCGCAGAACAGCCGGAGGCACUAGAAGAGGCAGAUGCCGGGCAGGAGUCGAUGCCAGCUGAGAUAGUUCAGGAGCAGACCAGGGAGCAGCCGGAAAAUGGCUAUGACAGCUUGAUGAGCCUGCCGGCGCCGCCCUCCACCGAGGAGAUUAAAGAGCUCAACGAUUUUACGCUAAACGAAUCGAAUCAAUUGGAUUCAUUACCGCCGCCACCACCGCCGCCGCUAAACGAGGCACCAAAUGGCAGCGCACACAACGAGGAGCAAGAGCAGGAGCAACAGCAGGAGCAGAAGCAGGAGCAGAAGCAGGAGCAGGAGCAGGAACAGAAUCAGCCAGAGCCAAUAAUGAAGCUAGCCAAUGGCAAAAUCAUCGCUAGCAAUGCACCACCAACAACAACAACAGCAGCCGCAGCCAAUGGCGGGGGGCAGGAGCCGUCCACAUUGACGCCGCCGGCCUCGCCGCCCGCCACGCCCAGCGGCUCGCCGGUGGCCGGCGGCGGCUCCACGCUAUGCGCGGGGGGCAGUCUCAGCAAUGGGCUGCAUGCGGUUGCACAGCCCAUGGCAGUCGAUGUGAAUGGCAGUUAAGAAGAAGAAGAAGCAGCAGCAGAAAAAGAACAAGAAGAAGCAGCAGAAGAAGCUAAGCCAGAAGAUGAAGCAGCAGCAAAUGUCUAGAGGAAUAAGCAGAAGAGCAACAGUUGGCAACGCGCGUUGAAGGUAAGCAAAAGAAGAAGCAGACGACGACGAAGAAGAAGAAGAACGGGCAAGAAGAAGAAGAGCACAACACGCGUUGCAGGUACGAUAUUCGCGUGUACUCAAUAUAAUAUCUAAUAUCUAAGUAACUUAGAGAUCGAUCGAAGAGGUAUUUUUUUUUCCAAAAAAACAUGCAGCGGUUGGGUUGAGCUAAGCCCUCUCCCCACCCACACACACACACAGACACACACACACACACACACACAUGUGUCAAAUGUUUAGGCUAGGCUAAGCGUUAGGCAGCAUAACAAAAUAAUAAUCCAAAAGCAAAA